AGUUUUGCGGCGUUCGACACACAAACAUGUACAUUCCUUAUAAGAGAUUUUUGCUCACUAUUCUCUCCCUUAAUGAAAAACUUUGCAAAUUUGUUGUAAUGUUAGAGAUGUGUAUUUUCUAAUGCGCAUGCUUUAAUUAAGACUGUUACUUAAAGUAAACCAGAUUAAAAGAACAAAAAAAUAACAGCAGCAUCCCUUAGCAAAUAGAAAAGAAAAUUUUUCUAAAUAAAAAUAAGACAAAUUUAAUAAAAAUUUAAAUUUUCUAAACUUUUAAUAAAAUAAAUUAUUGAACAAAAUGUCGGACUAUCAAAAUGUUCCUGGAGCUGGAGACGAUUUAAACAAUGAAUCCGUAGAAGUUUUACGUGAACGUUUAAAUACCAUGAAACGUUUAAUGGCUGAUCGUACUGCCCAACAACAACAGAAUCCUGCUAGCACUGAAGAAAUCUGGUCCACACGCCGUCACACCUCAGCCGGCAUUAUAGAUGGUAAUUUCUUAAGUAUGGCUUUUGGUGGUGCUUUACUCGUUAUAGUUUCCGUUUCGGUAUAUGCUUUUUAUAAUCUUUAUCAUGCUAUUCUAAAGAAAUUCCCCUCGAAACAUGAGGAAUUAUAAAUUGAAACGACAGUGAAUAUAAAUCAAUUGAAAAUAAGAGAAUUUUUAGGUUUUAAGAUGAUGACAGAAUGAUUCUUAUAGAAUAAAAUUUAAUUAAUAAAAUUAUUAAAUUACAAGAAGAAAGGUUUUAAAAAAAAGGAUGU